UCGCAGGCGCUCUGAGGGUGGUGGUCCAGCGCGCGUCGGAGUCGUCGUGCUCUCCGAUCGGGAUUCGCGAACGUGUCUUCGCCGUCGCUGUCGUCAUCGCCGCUGUCACGAUCGUCGUUACUGUCGUGGUGUCGCGCGCUCUCGUCGCGUUAUCCUUAUACGAGGGAGUCAGCCCGCUUUUCCGUCGUUCAUCGGUGCGUGCAAUUGUCGUGCAAUUGUCCGGAGCCCUCGAAACGUGUUCACGCGCGCGUGUGGUAGAAAGAAGUUUCGGGGGAAGUUGUCGACUUGGGGAAUUGGAGAAAGUCGAGCGGCAAAAGUGCGCGAGUGUGCGGAUCGGUCGACGACACGGUUGUUUCGGUCCCGCUCGACGGGCCGGUUGUUGCAGCAGCAUCGUUAUAGUUGUGUGGUUAAUGAAAUUUGCCUUUACUUUCCGCGAAAGUUAUUAAACAGAAAAGAAGGACAACAAACGAGAAUAUCACCGAGCAAAUUUCACACAGACUGACCCCGGACUUUACUGCCUCGAUUUACGAUUGGCACUCGCGACACGGCCUCGCGAGAACCCAUCGCCGGCGGGAAAGUGCAUAAAGCGCGAGUGCGAAACCAUUUACCAGGCCCCUUCGUGCGCGGUUUUUUUUCCUUCCUCCCCAUUGUCCGUUUUAUUACCAUUUUAUCGUCGAAGACGAGGCUGAAGACGGGAGAAAGUGCGUAACGCGCGAAUCGGCUCGGUAAUCGAGUUCGCCGAGUCAGUUCCCGCACCGAAUGGGCCCGUUUUAGUUUGCUCGUGCGAAUCACACGCCGAUAAAAGCUUUUUAAAACGUGAGAAGAAAUUAUUUAGUUUUGGUUAAAUAUAUGAUAAAAAGUACGUUAUCGUAAAAUAAAAAUUGAAAACAAGUUUGAGAGUUGAUCGUAUAUACGCUUGUAAUAUUUUGUGGUUCUGAAAAAGAGACCUUUUCUUUGAAUAAUUUUCUUCCGUUAAGUUAUGUUGAGGCAAAACUUUAAGAUAAGCCCCAAAAUGUGCAGGUAAUUCAUGAGAACUGCAGAAAUUUCAAUAAAUUAUUAUUGCAUAGCUCGAAAUAUCUUUGAGUGCGCAAGACGCGAUCGGCGGCCUUCUUCAUCGCGCGAAAGCGACGAACAUUCGUGUGUGAUGGUUCGAUGCGAUACGAAGAAUCUCGACGGAUCAAAAUUAUUCGCGACGUCCUCGAGUGAAACUCCGAGGAAGGUACUCUGACUCGUCGAGGAAGACGUGAGAUUUCGAUGGCGAGAUAGAAAUAUCUCGUCAGUCAAUUUUCAUUGGACCAAUUACUCCAAAUGGAGCUUUCGGUUUGUCCUACAAAAACCAGAGAAAUCGUUGAAAUGUUACCUUAGUGAACUUCUCACCAAGACUAUUCUAGAGACGAUCGAUAACGAAGAACGGGCGAUAACGAGAUAACUAAUUCGGCGAAAUUAGUAGAGAAGAGCGUCUGGUGUUCUCGCGAAGAUGGACGCUCUAGAGCUACAAGCCGCCUUGGUGAAGCUCGAUCCGGCCACCACGGUGACGCCGAUCGGCACCACCGUAAAAUUGAUGCCCCAUCAUCGCGUCGCCUUCACCGUAAAUAUUGACGACGAGGGCGAUAUGACUUUGGAAGAUCUAACGCGGAACGACGACGAGAAGUCGUCGGCCGAGACGACGACGUCGGUGUCGAGGAAGACGCCAGGAAGCUGCGUGGCCAACCUGACAACGAGUCAUCAGGGCCAUCAUCAGGGCAGCGGCCAGCAGAUGGGUGUCUCCAAGUGCGGGAUCGUCGAGGUCAGGUGACGCCAGCCACCUUGCUACGGCGUCAACAUGAUUUACCACACUUAUCCGCCGCAUCGAGGCAGCAAGCACCAUGCCAAGCAUCACGCCA